UGGGGCAGCAGCAGCAAGCAGCGAGAGGGAGCACGUGCUCGGCUGCCGAGGAGAAAAAAAGGCCUCGCCGCCCGUGCUGCGUGUGCCUGCGCUCCCGGGCCCCCGCGUCGACAUCUCGGCUCGCUGGCCGCUCGCCAGAUCGUGGCCACGUCUCGGCCGGCUCGCACGUCCGAGCCCAAGCCCGCGCCGCCUCGUUGCGCUACGCUGGCGCGCCGGCGCGGGCAUCCGCAGUGCCAACCUCUCGCUGCCGCUUGCCCCAGCGUGCGCGCAGGCCCCCCCCCCUCCAAGGGAAAACGGGCACGUGCGGCAGCAGUCUUCGGGCGGGCACCUGCGGAGGCGCUACGAAGCGCUCUGCGCUGGGCGCACCGAUGAGCAUGCAGGAGAUGGCCGCGCGCGCGGACCUGUCGUGGAUGCGGCAGCUGCGGCCAGAUCCAGAGGCCGCCCAGCACGCGCCCAACAAGAAGAGCCGCCAGGUGAAGAGCGGGCACUACGUCCCUGUCCGCCCCACGCCUCUGCCGCAGCCGAAGCUGAUCAUCCACAGCCCCGAGAUGGCCGCCGAGCUUGGGAUCAGCGAGGAGGCGUGCUCCAGCCAGGAGUUCCUGCGCUUCUUCUCCGGAGACGUGGACGCCCUCACGGGCUUCGAGUCGUGGGCGACGCCGUACGCGCUCUGCAUCAUGGGCCGGCCGAUGUAUGACAACUGCCCCUUCAAAAACGGGAACGGCUACGGCGACGGCCGCGCCGUGUCCGUCGGCGAGGUGAUCGGGCCCAAGGGGCAGCGCUGGGAGAUGCAGCUCAAGGGCGGCGGGCAGACGCCGUUCUGCCGAGGAGCCGACGGUCGGGCGGUGCUGCGCUCCAGCGUGCGAGAGUUCCUCGCCUCAGAGGCCAUGCACCACCUGGGCAUCUCCACGACGAGGGCGCUCUCCCUCAUCGUGUCGGGGGGCGAGACUACGCAGAGGCCGUGGUACUCUGGGGACGCCGCCGGAGGCGCUGGGCUCCCUGAGCUGCCGCCGGGGGCGCCCCCGGAGCUGCGUCAGAUGCUCGCCGCGAUGAUGCGGGAGAGGCAGUCCGAGCCCGACGUCAUGAUCCGGGAGCAGUGCGCGAUCACCUGCCGUGUGGCACCGAGCUUCAUGCGCAUCGGGCACCUCGACCUCUUCGCCCGGCGCGCGUCGAGGCCAGACGCCACGGAGCUGCAGCGGGAGGAGCACGAGAUGAUCGUGCAGCACGCCCUCGACCGCGAGUUCGCGGACGUCUUGCCCGGCGCCCCCCUGGCAGAGAGGGCGCUCGCAAUGUUCGAGGCCGCCGCGCAGCGCAUCGGAGCCAUGGUGGCGGGAUGGCUGCGGGUGGGUUUCUGCCAGGGCAACUUCAAUUGCGACAAUUGCCUCGUCGCGGGCCGGCAGAUGGACUACGGGCCCUUCGGCUUCAUGGACAAGUACGACCCCAUGUUCGCCAAGUGGACUGGCUCUGGGGAGCACUUCGCGUUCAUGAAUCAGCCGGGCGCCGCAGAGGCCAACCUCGGGACGCUGGCCACCGCCCUGGCGCCUCUGCUUGACCAGGCGGGCAAGACCGUGCUGCAGCAGAAGGUGCUGGAGGCCAAGAGGACGGUGGAGGCGGCCGUGGAGGCCACGUGGUGCAGCAAGCUGGGCCUGGGGGCGGCCAGCGGGGCGGGCAUCGAGCUCUUCCGCGCGCUCGAGCGGCUGAUGCAGGAGAGCGAGGUCGACUACACCCUCCUCUUCCGCGAGCUCGCGCGGGUCCCUGGCCUCGGCGCCCACGCCAGCGACAAGGCGCUGCUGGAGCCCCUGGAGGCAGCGUUCUACAAGCCCCCCUGCGACACCCUGCGCGAGCGCUGGGCUGCCUGGGUGCGGCGCUGGAUCGCAGUGCUCACCCAGGAGGGGGCGCUGGAGGGCUCCGAGGGACGGAUGAAGGCAGCCAAUCCCAAGUACAUCCUGCGCGAGUACAUGCUGGUGGAGGCGUACAGCAGCGCCAGGGCCGGCGACUACGCGCCGGUGCAUGAGCUGUUUAGGCUCGUCAGGGCGCCCUACGACGAGCAGCCCGAGCUCGAGGCGAAGUAUUACCGGCGAGCCCCCGACGCGGCCCUGACUGCGCGGGGAACGUCGGUGAUGACCUGAUCUUCGUAGGCGGGCGGCCCUGGGCCCCCAGCGCCGCGGGCGCUUCGGCGCGGCAGGAUGACGCGGGCGGCGGUCGCCGCCGCGAUCGGCCGCGGCCCCCGCACGGGGCCGCUCGCUGGCGGCGGCGCCCGCGCCCGCGGAGACGGCCGCGCCCCCGCUGCCGCAGACGUGCAGCGGUGGCCCGCGGGCUGGCGGUCCCCCCUCCUCCCUCCUCCUCCU